AUGGCUUCUCUCCCCGGCUCUCGCAAGAUAUUGCGAGACUAUCAGGAAGCCGUGGCGGCUGCCGUCUUGGAUCGAAACAUUGUAGCCGUAUUACCCACGAAUAGUGGAAAGACACUUAUUGCGACUAAAGCUAUUCAUGAAUACUUAAGCCAUCCAGCACAUCUGGACAAGAUAGUUCUCUUUCUAGCACCCACUGUAAUGCUCACCUUACAGCAGAAAAUAAACGUCAUGAAAGAGCUGUACUAUGGCGGUACCGACGAUCUGCCGCUAUAUAGCGGCAUCGUACAUAAACUUCCCAGAGAAGGCGUACAAGCAAGACAACCGUCAUCAAAAUCACAAGCAGGUGGAUCCAAAGACUGGACAUCAAAAGACUGGACUCAGGACUUGCGUUGGAAUGAUUUGGCUCCCUGUGAGAAUUGGGUUGAUAAUCGUUCAGAACUAUCCCGCUGUUUCGCCAGCAGUCGAGGCUUUGCCGACAUGUCACUGGGGGUCCAUUGGAAAGACCCCCGUACAUGGAAGGAGCUUUAUCAAGACCUGUCGGUUUAUAAAGAAAAGAUUGUGGAGCACUACGCAGCCCGCGGUCUAGGACCACCGGCAGAUGGCCUAGGACCGCCUCCCGAAGAGAUCGCCUUCCCCUACCGCCGUUCCUGGAGGAAUUUGGUUACAGACGCUCAAGAGUACUUGCAGACUACCCUACCGUCGGCUGUUGAAGAGGGCUCGGAUGACGAGUCUGAUGAAGAAGUAUCAAAUGAUGACGAAUAUGAUGGGCCUAUGUUACGCAAAGAUGUCACCGUUCGGUGGCCGCGUAUCUUUUUUUGUACGCCCAAUCUGGCCAGCACAUUCUUCCAGUAUGGCUUCCUGAGGAUGGACCGUAUCUCCCUUAUCGUGUUUGAUGAAUGCCAUCAUGCGGAGGUGGGCCAUCCCUAUCAUACGAUCAUGAAAACAUUUUAUGACGUUGCCGCGUGCCAUCAACAAAAGAGCUGCACGCCUCUCCGGCCGCGGAUCCUGGGCCUCACCGCAUCUCCAAUGGACAAGAAGAUAGAAACCGCUCAGCUCGUUCGGAACUUGACUGGCAUCGAAAUGCAGAUGUACUACGCGAUCCGAGACAGACUAUCUAUACUCUGCGCGCUCUACGAUGCUGGUGUCCACAUCGGACAACUGUCGACAGAUGUUCAUGAACAAGUAGACUGGGUGACCAAUACCCAUAAUCAAGCCUCCGUUGGCUUUACACCCGUACCUACCUUUAACAAGUUUUUCGAAGUCUUACGCCAUGCCAUGUUCCAACCUUUCCUGCAAACCGUCGCCAGUAUCCUCUCUCCGCAAACCACCUCCAAGCGUCGAGCCGCCGCCUACUCGACUGAUGGACUCCUCGAUGUAUUUGAUCCUGAUUAUGUCCGGGGCUCCUGGAAAAGCGUCGAACUAGACGAAGCAGUUACGGGCACUUGGCCUCAUAUAACCCACCCAGCACUAGGCGUCGACAAGCUCCAUGUGGAAUUUCAACUUCGAGCGAUGGAAUGGCUAAUUUUCGAACAGACUCCUGACGAUAGCACACGCGUGCGAGAAUGCCUAAAAUUAAUGUCCAGCUACGAGAAGAUGGCUCGAAUACUCACCAGACUCUCUAUUUUAGAACCCGACCGGUUACUCGAAGGGUUAGGCUCCGUAUGCGAGGGAGAUACAGAUGCAAUGUCGGCCGAGUUCCAAAAAAUUAAGGAAGCGUCCGAGGCGGCUGGAACUAAAGAUGUUGACGAGAACCUGAAGUUGAACUACGAAAAGAAAAAAGCACGGUUGGAGAGGUCGCGAGACAUAGCGUGCCGUUCAUUGAGGCUGAAUUUCGCCUUGCGGAACGUCGCAAUUCUCGCCUUUGAUGAAUACCAGGAAGAGACGCCGGCCAAGCUUGCGCAUUUGCAAGCUGAGGCGGUUUCGGAAUUCCGUAACGAGGUGCAGUACAUAUCUAACCAGUUCCAGGACUCUUUCUACCAGCAUGGUUUCUUUGGUGUCUUCGUCAUGAUUCAGGAGAUCUAUGCGCGAGUGGUGGACGACCUCAGAAUUCAUAUGAGACAGUUUUACGACGCUGAGAGCAUUUUGGGUGUGCGAGCCGCGUUCGGAAAUGCUGCCGAUUUGGACGAAAGAAGAGAGGACAUUUCCCCGACCAGUUGGAAAGGAAAGCAUGAGUCUUGUGAGAAGACGUUGUCGCUGGCUGAAUUGGAUUCGGCUGUGCACCGUAAAUUGUUGCCAGUGGCAGGUUCAGCGGAAGACCGUUGUUUUACGGAGACCCCGGACUUCUUGCGUAAGUUCAUGGUGGAGUUUAACUACCGUCAGCGUGUGCACCAAACGAAGAGGGAAUUGUUGGACAUGGCCGUUGUCAAGGCGCAUGCGAUUGCGCGCAGCCAUGCCUCGGACAAGGCCACGGUUCAUAAAGUGGUGGACAUGGCGAGCAUCGAUCCUACGCACAGCAUUUUUCGUGUGCGCGGAAACGGGUGUGUUCUGAACCAAUUGGCAUCAAUUGCGCGGGAAGAGCAGUCGGAAACGGAGGUGCUGCAGCGGCUGUUAACGAUCGUGAUGAAGCAGGCGGUCAUGCGUGCUCUAAAGCGUCACAGGGCGGGAUUUUUGGAAGGGCGGGAAAUGCACCGUGAGGUGAUUUCGUGCUUCUUGAUGGAAGUGCGCGAGUUACGCGAUGUCGUACGCGCCGUGCAGCGUUCCGUAAACCACUGGUUACUUAUGGAACUGGCUGGUGCCUUUUUGGCGCGGCAUCCCGUGGUAGUUGAGCACUUGUUGCAGAUCCCGAUGGUUCCGAGCUCGGCUGUCUUGAUUGAACAUGCGGUUCGUGCCCGUGCGACCACCACUCCGCAGUGGAUGGUAAGUUGCAAGCUAUCCAAACUCGCCGAACUGGCCCGUCUCGGUGGCUUGCAUGCGGUCAAGAAGGAAAUGGCCACCUUCGAAAUGGAGCAAAAUCGGAGAGCGAGCUGCGAAAAGGUCCUCGCCAGAGUCAGCGGCGACUACAACAGCGAUGACAAACUCAUCCAGGCAGCACCGCUCUACAUCAAAGACAACUUUACUCCAAUUAAAGAGUAUCACACACGUCCUGAGUCCAGUCUCUCGGACUCCGAGUCCUCCGGUAGCUGGUCGGACUCCGAUGGCGGGACCCGUCAUCCCACUGAUACGGCACCUACCACUGCCAGUACGCGACUCGCCAGUAGCCGCGAACAAGACGGCAACCGCCAACCAUUCCGAACGGAUGUGGACCGACCUCGGGACACUGACCGAUCUCGGGACACGGACCGGUACUUUGGACACCAUCGGAACCUUGCGCAAAGUCGGGAGGACGGGCGUCUGUCUUAUCGGGACGAAGGUCGUCAGACUCGAGACGACGGCCGUCUAUAUUACAGAGACGACGGUCGUCCAGUGCGAGAUGAUGGUCGCCAGCCUCCUGCUCGGGACGAUGGUCGGUACAGCCAUUAUGCAGUGACCAGUCGUCCGCAGCGCGGGGAGGAGGAGCGUUAUCGGGCAGUGCGGGAGCAGGAGUUGCGAGACCUAGAGUUAUUAUCUCGGAUGUCAGCGCAGCGGCGUUCGGCACAGUUUGAGGAUGUGGGUCGUCACUUCGAAGCCUUGGUGGAGCCGGUGGAUGCAGGGUCUUACGUGCCAGCACGUUGGGAGGUAUCUUGGCGUUUGAUUUUCGACGUGGCAGGAUUGCCUACGUGUUUUCCCUGUACGUUACUGAGCACGAAGAUGAAGGCGUUGAUAUUUGUGGAGACACGGAUUGAUGCACAGGUGACGAGCUGGUUGCUGGACAGUAUGGGUUUGUGUCGGACGGGACACAUUACAGGUGAGAGUACCAUGGUGCGUAGGACGAGGCAGACGUUGGGUGAGAAUGUGUGGCGACGGACACGUUUGUACAAGUCGAUGAAGGCGAAGCAGCAGGAGACGCUAGUGCGUUUUCGGACGGCAUCGCAGUUGCUGGUUGCGACUUCGGUGAUUGAGGAGGGUUUCGACUUACCCUGUUGCUCGUUAGUGAUCCGGGCGACGCCGCCGGUGACGUUGUCCCAACACAUCCAGAGUCGCGGUCGCGCGCGUGCGGCAGAUAGUUGGUACAUUAUCAUGCAGCAGUUCGAAGGCCGGACCACUGCGAGUGCACUCAUCUGUUGGUCCAAGCUCGAACAGCUGGUGGUCACAGCUUGCAAGGAGUUCGCCAUCGGACCGCGCACACUUCCCCGCCAAACGCUGCCUAAGGCCUACGCUCUCGUUGGCGCCCACGCGUUUAUACCAUACUCCGCCGCCUACCAGUUCUUGCUAGGCUCUGUACUUGCCCCACUGGCCGUCCGACGCGCGGAAGACGGUACCUUCGAAGAACGUGAACUCCGCAAUUUCCAGGCGCAAAGACGCGUUCUCGAACUAGGCCAGCACACGCUCACUCUCACCAUCCCGCCCGUCAAAGGCUACCUCGACGCCCCCGCCGAAGGUCAGACUUUCGUGUUCUCUCUGGAACACGCAGGUCUAUCGCCUUGUGGACGCGGUCUUGCUGGUCUCGCCAGUGGUGGUGCGAUCCACAGUCCGACCGGCAGAAGUCAGGCCUCGGCCGACGCGACAGGGUUGGUGGCGACUCGGGUCAGUGCAGCGGAACGGGAAAAAUUGCAGAACGUGUUGGCAUGUCGUGCGUUGUUGUGGCUGAGGACCCAGGGUGUUCUGGACGCAGAUUUUCUGCCGCCGCGACCGGCGAUGCUGACGACGGCUUUGAUUGUGAACCGGAAGCGUAAGGGCGUACCGGGGGACACGAAUACGGAGCAGUUGUGGCGUGAGUCGCCUGAGGGAUUAUUAUGGCCCGAGAUUGUGGCGUUGCGAGUGAGUGACUUGCGUACGAGCACGGACUGGCAGAUCCUGCACCCGGGCACCGUCCCACUUACGCCCGAGGAGCAACUCCAAGUCGCGCAACGCAUUACGGGCAGCAUCCUUGGCGAUCAGCUCGGCGGCUUCCUCAGCAAACAAGACGUCGACAAACUGGUGGGAGUCAACGACCGCGUCGUCGUCAAAAACGUACCCGGCCACAGCAAGGCCUCAGGCGACGUCAGCUACGUGGAUGCACUCGCGGCGGUUGCGCAACAACACCCAGAUAUGGGUGAGCGGUUCGUCGACUUGCGCAAGUACGCCAAGUUCAAAAACGAGUACGACGAAGACGAUGCCUACGAGGAUACCGCACCCGGAACGGGAACGGGACCGGGAAGGGUUUCCGGACGAGAAGGCGACGCUGAGGAUGAGACGACAACGGCGAACAAAGCUUCCGACUUGGGCGGGGAUUUGGGCACGGAUGGAGAGGCUGGAACCGAAGGGGGAUUUGAUGGUGAAAAGAGAGCUGAGGCGGAUGACGCAUUUGAAAGAGACCUGAAGGCGGUUUUGGAGCGGAACCGGGAACUGAAGCGCGCGGAGGAGUUGCUGGAAGCGUCGACGGAGACGGAGUCACCGGAGGCUGCGGGUGGGUUGAGUGAAUCAGUAAACGAAAACACGGCGUUAUCUCCAGCGGGUGACGGUGACGAGUUGCCGAUGAUGACGUUGUAUCCUCAUAGAAUCUGGUACCGGUGCAAACGGUGGGACUCUGACCUGCUGCGGUUGGGCGGGUUGAUGAGUUUUUGGCGGCCUCUGUACCGCGCGGACGGUACGAUGCCCGAGGCGCUCCGGGGGCUGGUGGAGUCGGAGGAAGCGGAGGAAGCAGGCGAUGCGGGUGUGGUCGUGGGCGAGGCGAUGGCGCGCAUGUUGGCCAAACGAGGAGCAGACGGCGUGCGCGAGAGUGUGGGUGGCCAGAAUGGGGAGGAGUGUGGGAGGCGUUUGUUGGAGGAGUAUCCAUGUCUAAGGCUGGACCCCCAUCCAUGGCGUAUAUUGCAGCCAAUGGUAAUUUUGCUGCGACAUCCGAUACCUAACAAGAUCACGAAUGAGUUUUAUCAUGCAGCAACGAACGAGGAGUAUAUGGUGGAGAUCGAGCCCGUCGGCUGUGACCGACUGCAUGACUUUGUGAUGAGUAGAGGCGAUGGUCGAAAUCUGACGGCAGCACUGGGUGAGAUUUUAGAGGAGCGAGCAUCACCGGCAUACAAUGUGCAUUACAACAAGUACGGUCAGCCAAUUAGCUGGGAUAUUCCGUACCUGCUGGCGGCGGGACUGCAAAAGGUAAACCAGCUUAUACGGAAGAAAUGGGCAGUGUCUAACUUCAACCCUCCGGAGCAUCUGUUGUUGGAACAUGUUGAUGAGGAGGCUCUGCGGAAAUUGAAUCGCGCGAAUGCCAAGCUCUCGUGUCUGUUACCGCCGUAUGCAAUCUUGGCCCCGCUGCGCGGUGAUGGGAUAUCGCUGGAUGUCAAUUGGGUGUUGAGGAUGGUUCAGCUGCAGAAUAUGUUUCGGUGCCCUAAUGUGCGUCCUGAUUACACUCCUCAAAUGGUAGAGGCGAUGAUCCGGGAGAGCCCGCCCCAUUUGCUGGAUAUCUACCGCGCUAACGCUAAGGCUGUCGCUCUCCUCGAUCCCCAGUGCACCCAGGGUUACUCGGAAACUGAAGGCGAUGUCUGCAUGCGCGGAGACAGUGGCCAGCAAACAGAAGUCCCCCAUUUCCACAAAACGCUCUUCUAUCCAGGUGAUGGCGACCAUGGCCAGGACGGCGACGAUCGCCAGGACGGCGACCAUCGCCAGGACGGCAACCAUCGCCAGGACGGCAACCAUCGCCGUGGUGGCAGUGGGGCGAUGGACUACAAGACGAUUCAGCGUAUACUGGCAGGCUCACGGGAUGCCUUCCUGGACAGUUUGGAGGAGCUGGAUUUGUUAGAGCAUGAGCCUGCGGUAGUACGUCGAUUGGGUGAGGUGGGUAACGGUGCGCUAUUGUCUGGUCAACGUGUGGCGUUAAGUUAUUUCUUCAAUCGAUCGACGGUGGAACGGAUGGCUUCAGUGUUCGGUCGUGGAUACCGUGGGUAUCGGAUGUCGGAAUUGACCGCGCAACAGGUGGGUACGAUAGUGGCAUACAACUCACUCUUGCGUGGUGGUGAAACAACAGUUUUGAGGAUGGUUCAUGAGCGUGGUCGCGCGUUCCGAUACCACACUUUGGAUGGGUUUCUGUGGGAAGAGAGUGCAACGAGUUUUAUAUUGACGGACUCGGAGGCAGCGAAUAGUCUCACGGCUUUAUACCGUACUAAGUUUGGACGUGAGUUGAGAGCAGAUAACGACUUUUUGGUCCGUGGUGCGAAGAUCCGACAGGGUCCGAGACUGUCAUUAUACAAGGAGAAGGUGAGUCCAUUUAUGUCUGUGCAUGCUCCUGAGUUUGCGCUGGUCCUGCCAGUUUCAGGGCCAAUUUUGGAACAGUUUUCGACCUCGCCAGCAAUUUUUUGGACGUUGGAUGUUGAGUUGAAGAGGCAGGAGUUGAAGUUGAUGAUAGAUCUGCAGUUAUCAAGAGCUUUGCCGGCCCCGCAAUCAGUGCAUGGUAACGUCCUUGAGGACCGAGAUGCGGCCCACCACACCUGUUACCGGUGGCAUGUGGGUACCGAGGAUGCGACGUGCAUUUUGGAGCGACCGGCGGUGGCUGAUUUUGAAGUGGAUGAGGAGUGGUUGGGCAUAGCCUUUACGACCAGCGGCGCUCUCACCCUCGGUGGGCUUCCGCUUGCGCAGGCGAAACAGCGAAACCAGCUGUACGAGGCGCUGGAACCGUACCUCGCAAAUUCCUUGCUGGCGCCGGCGGACGUAAGUUCAGAUGUCGCGCAGCUCCUAAGUCUCUGGGAGGCCGAGUCGCUCCAACACCCACUCGGGCGUGCGACCCGAGCGCUUUUGGGACCUCGUAAGGGCGUCAAUCCCUUCACGCUUUGGGACCACCUGCCGCGGCCGAUGAGUCGCAUUCGACACUCGCAGGUGCUAGAGUUCACGGGCGAUACGGUACUCAAGUACAUGGCGGCGGUCUGGGCCUACUUCAACUUCCCCAAUGGUGACCAGCAGGUACUCAGCGAGCAGAGUGACUUAAUCAAAAAGAACGCUGCACUCCGCAAAGGCGCCAGGUCCAACCGUCUACAAGCCUUCGUGCUCGGUAGACCCUUCUCCACACGUUCUAACGGACGCCAUGGCGGCUCCACAAUAACGGACUUACGAGCGCAAAAUUUGUCCUUCAAACAACAGGCCGACGUCAUGGAGGCGCUUCUGGGCGCCACGUACUGGAGCCACUUCACGCGUUUUGACAUGUUCCCCACUCUCAGCGACUUCCGUCUCCUCACCAAGGUCGCCCACCUUUGCGUAGGACACCGUAGACUCCAGAACGACCUCGUCUCAUCGCUCAUCCAACCCCUCAUCUACCACUCCUCCUGGUGCGGCAGCAGCAGCGGUGUCUACGCCUGUGCCGCCAUAACGGAGGCUUACAUCAUGCCGCCCAAAAUGAAAGCACAACACCCCAUGGUCGCCAUCUUUGCUCAACUGCGGGACAUCAACAUACACUAUCUGGCAUCUAGUAAUAACCUAGCCCAAGACCUUGACCGCACAGUGGGAAAGAGAACACCCGGUCUGGUCCACAUCGAAGGGCUCACAGACAUGGGUAUCGACCUGCGUGGCGCAAUGCCAGGCCCUCCUGACCGGUUACAGGCUGACCAGUUACAGGCUGACCAGUUACAGGCUGACCAGUUACAGGCUGACCAGUUACAGGCUGACCAGUUGCAGGCUGACCAGUUACAGGCAGGCCAGUUACAGGCAGGCCAGUUGCAAGAGCAAUCGUCGGAGUGUGGGCUUGCCAAGUUUGAGAUUUACGAAAGCACGAAGAUCGAGUUGAGUAAUAUUGAUAUAAAGGAGUCUUGGCCGUACAACUUAGCCUUGGGCAAUAAGAAGUAUCCGUACAAUUUUGUGGCAGGUGGUGACGAGGGUGGUGAAGUGUGCGAGCGUAGUGUGCGUGACCAUUUCCCGAUGGCGUACGGAGAUAAAUUUGUUCGUUUGGAUUUCGACACGAAUCUUUUAGGCGAAGCGGACCGUUUUUGUAACGAGCGGUGUUUGCAGUUGCGUGAAAGGAACAGUCGUCUGGUGGAGAAUUGGUUCGGUUUUGAUGUUGGAUUGAGAGAUGAUGUGAUGGUACAUUUAUGCAACGCGCGCAUUCAUCCACGUGCUACAAAUUCAUUCCCGGGUUUAAGUGAUUAUGAGAGGCUGGAGUUCUUGGGAGACGCAAUUUUAGGCAUGUUAAUUGCCGAGUGGUUGAACAAAUUGGCUCCGGAAAUACGUGAAGGGUCCUUAAGUUGGUCUAAGGCUAUUUUGCAAUCGAAUCGAUAUUUGUGUCGCAUUAUGUUACGUAAGCUGGGUAAUGGCACACAGAAGAAUCCAAGACCUAUUCUUGCGUCGAGAUUGUUGUUCCAUAACAUGUUAGAAGGUUCACAUUUUGAGGAGUUGGAUGCGUUGCAAGAGAGUAUAUUGAAUAGCGAUCCUGCCAUGGAUUUUGAUUUCUGUUUAGAAGAGUUAAUUAAUGAAGAUAAGCAACGUGUCUAUGACCCCCUAAAUGACCCCCUAAAUGACCCAGUCAAUAAUGAAGUGGACGAUGUCGUCAGUUGUAAUAAACACAAGUUUGUAGCCGAUGUGUACGAGGCCAUGGUCGCUGUCGCGUUGAUCCAGUACAAGUUUGAUGUAAGGGCUGUAUGGGAAGUAAUCCGACAUGACUUCAUCUCAUCAGAACAACGCAUUGUUCAUCAUAUGAACACAGAGGAAUUCGGGCUAGAUGAGAAAGCAAAACUUCGAAAAGAACGAGCACAAGAAAUCGACAGUCAAGCCAAAAAUCUUCUCGCUAUAAGUCGCUCUUAA